AAUUUAAUUGUCCCAGGUGGUUGCAGACGGGAAUAUCUGCUCCAACAAGAGCCUCUGGGUCCUCAACUGCCCUCGGCCAAGGCACGUGGGAAAUGGCCUCCAUCGCCUCUGAACAGAUGCUGCAGGGGAACAAACGGUCCAGGAUGCCCAGCACACCGGAGGAUGGCGUCUGCUCCCUGGCACUGCCCUCGGACCAGCAGCUGGACAGGAAGGGCAAGGAGGCGCCCGACAGCGAGCAGCUCAAGAGCGCCCGGGUGCAGGAGCAGGUCCGCCUGCGGAUGCUGCAGAAGAGCCACUCCAUGCCCCGCGCCAACGGGGCCGCCCACGACUACGACGAGCUCAAAGGUGGAAGCUCCUCCAAUGGCCAAUAUAGCACUCUGCAAUUCAGCUCCAGAUCCCAAACAAAUGGCACAGACCACAAGAGCUCUCUGUACCAGUCAAUGCCAAAGACAGGUUACAAUACCAUGAAGACUACCAGCUGGUCCUCCCGCUCAGCAGUGGAUCUCAGGCCUAACAAGAGGAUGGCCACUGUCAGCAAUGGUGUUGGGCCAAAGGGCCCAAUUUAUAACACAAAUUACACCCUGUCUCAAGCUACCAAUUCAAUGACUCGCCCUAGAUCUUUCCAUGAGCGGAACUACCGGCCUCGACAGAACUAUGACACCAUGUCCCUGCAUUCAUUGCGCUUGGUGGAUGGGCCAGGCAGCCCUGGUGGCAUGGAUGACCACUACAGCAUCAUGUCAGAGCAGGUGGACCCACUUGCCCAGGCCACCCUCUACAAAAACAGAAGAGGAGGAGGAGGUUUCAGCAGAUCGUAUACUUUUGAAAGGCAGAUGAGUGCUGGUUCCAAUGUUGUCCCAAAAGGACCAGUUGACUGGAUGGAUGGUGUGGAGGCUCCCCAGAACAGGACCGUCAUCCGUGCACCAGCCAUGCGCACGUUGCAACGCUUCCAGAGCAACAACCGCUCCCGCUUCAGCACCGGUUCCUUUAGCGGCCUCCAGGGCUCUCAAGGGGUAGUUGGAAACUCCUACACAGGAAUGGUGGAACGUACUUCCCGGGCCCCUUCUGUGCGCAGCUUGGCUGAAUCCAACCACCAUUUGCAAGAUCUGAGAGCUAUUGACAUGUACGAUGGUCACAAUACACUGAUGACCCAACAGUCCUUCUCUAGUGGGUUUGAUGACAUUGAUCUUCCAUCUGCAGUGAAGUACUUGAUGGCCAGUGACCCCAACCUGCAGGUCCUUGGAGCUGCCUAUAUUCAGCACAAGUGCUAUAGUGAUAAUGAUGCCAAGAAACAGGCUCGUAGCCUCCAAGCCAUACCCAAACUAGUGAAACUCUUCAACAACUCCAACCAAGAGGUGCAGCGCCAUGCCACUGGGGCCAUGCGCAACCUCAUCUAUGACAAUGCUGAGAACAAACUGGCACUGGUGGAGGAGAAUGGCAUAUUUGAGCUGAUGCGCACUUUACGUGAACAGGAUGAUGAACUGCGCAAGAAUGUUACAGGUAUCCUCUGGAAUCUCUCUUCCAGCGAUAACCUCAAGGACCGCCUGGCCCGUGACACCCUGGAACAGCUGACUGACCUGGUCUUGACCCCUCUGUCUGGCUCAGGCAGUGCUGCUGUUAUCCAGCAAAAUGCCUCCGAAGCAGAAAUUUUCUACAAUGCCACUGGAUUUCUCAGAAACCUCAGUUCUGCCAGCCAGCAAACUCGGCAGAAGAUGCGUGAGUGCCAUGGCCUGGUGGAUUCCAUGGUCAACUAUAUAAAUAGCUCACUGGAAGUAGGCAAAUCAGAAGAUAAGAGUGUGGAGAAUGCUGUCUGUGUACUGCGCAACCUCUCCUACCGCCUCUAUGACGAGAUGCCUCCUUCCUCACUCCAGCGGCUAGAAGGGCAUAAGAGGAGCGAUGGGGCUAGCAUGACGAGUGAGCUGGUUGGCUGCUUCAGCCCACAAAGCAGGAGGACCCGAGAGCUCUACAUGAAUUCAGAUAUUGUGACCUUUACAGAAGUCUCCAAAGACCCCAAGGGAAUGGAGUGGCUUUGGAACCCACAGAUUGUCGGAGUCUACAACCGGCUUCUUCAGAGAUGUGAGCUAAACAAGCACACCACAGAGGCCGCCUCAGGGGCUCUUCAGAACAUCACUGCAGGAGAUAGAAGGUGGGCAGGUGUCCUGAGCAGAGUGGCUUUGGAGCAAGAGAGAAUCCUCAAUCCAGUGCUGGACAGAGUUCGCACAGCCGACCAUAACCAGCUUCGUUCACUAACGGGCCUAAUUCGCAACCUGUCCAGGAACGCACGCAACAAAGAUGAGAUGUCAACCAAGGUGGUGAGCCAUUUGAUUGAGAAGCUCCCAGGUAGCUCUGGAGACAAGUGGCCUCCAACAGAUGUGGUUGUCAACAUCAUCGCAGUGCUGAACAACUUGGUUGUGGAAAGUCCCAUUGCUGCCCGUGACAUUGUCUACUUUGACGGUCUGCGGAAGCUCUUCUACAUCAAAAAGAAAAGGGACAGCUCAGAAAGUGAGAAGUCCUCCAGAGCUGCUACCAGCCUCCUGAGCAAUAUGUGGCAGUACAGUAAGCUUCAUCGGGACUAUAAAUCGAAGGGCUAUCGAAAAGAGGACUUCAUAGGCCUGUAAAGAAAAGAGCACAAAGAAAAUGGACUGUUCAGACCUAAUUCUUCCACACAAAAAUUGUCUAAAAAGCUCCAGCAUGAACUGUGGCCUCUCCUUCAUGAAACUCCUUCCGCACAGUGCCUUAUUUUUUAUAGAUCUCAGCCCAGUCUGCCUGAUGUGCAUUUUUGCAUUCUUUUUUGUUGCUUUUUCAAGUCUCUUAAAAGUUCAUUUGCUUUUCCUGACAAUUUUAUCUCAUAAAGACGUUUCUUCACUCUAAAGAUGCAAAUCCAAGCAAAUUCUCAGGGCUUCUUGAGUCUGCACAAAACAUUCACGUACUGAAAGUUCAAACACCUCCAUGUUUCUUUGGAAAUUGUAGGUGCUGAUGUCAAGACAUGACCUCCAGACUUGCUCAGGAUGCUGAAGGAAGGCUUCCAAGGUGCUUGAGUCAUCUCUGGCUCCUUCCAUCCGAUUUAGUUUGUGCCUCUUGCUCUCUUAUCCCAGUUCUGUUGCUGCUACUUGCUUGUGUUAUCCCUAUGUCCUUUGGACCCUUAAAAAGGAACGGUUUGCUUUCAGUUUUAAAGAAUUUGGGGUAUCUUAUUAUGAGGAACAAAAAGAAUGAAUAUAUUUUAAUUAUAAACAAGCUUAUGCCUGGAAUAGUAGGAAAAUUCCACUUAUUUCUAGUGGCUCUGGAUGAAAGUUGAUGGAACUUGAAGGCUCUGGCAAGGUUCAAAGUUGCACUGACCAAGAAGUAGGGAAACAUGCUUUGUAGUAUAAAUCCAUGCAUUGCUUAAGGAUUGGGGAUCACUUUUUCUGGACUACAACGUCCAACAAUCACCAGUCAUGCUGGAUUGUGAAGUUCUGAGAGUAAUAAUCCACAAAUGCAACUUUUCCAUCUUUAGAUGGAGAUAAGUGGUGGAUGUUUUCAUUAACUUAGCCCAUUAAGUCAGAAACAAUAAUGGUUGUGAAGACAGAAUUAUCUGUUGAGACACAUACCUGUUAGCUCUAGUUGAUACGGAGUCUGUGAAACAAGGUGGGGUAUUACAGGCCUUGGGACAAAAUCUGGCCUUCCCAAGAUCCGAAUCCAGCCCUUCCCCAUGAUAGCUGCAUUUCGUGAUUCCCUAGUUUUUGUAUGAAGCUUCCCCUAUUCUAAAUGGCUCAGAUGUUUAAGUUUAAAUAUGUUGAUAUUUUUGAUGCUACAUUAGACCACUUAUGUUAUGCGUGAUGACUUGUGACCAAAUAUGGCCACUAUCCACUACUGGAAUAUAUUCCUGAGAAUUUUUCUGAAGUUUUUUUUUUUCAGGCUGAAAGAAAUACUCUCCCUUAGUAGAAAAUAUGUUAAUAGUAAAAUUAUGGAAAGGGAGCACUGGCUGCCUUACAACCUGCUGUCCAAAAAAGCAUUCUCAAGUUGUUAUUGGGAGUGCUUUGGCCAUCUUGAGGUGGACUGUAUAUCAUUUUACUCCCUCUGUUCAGCUGAGAUCGUCCUGACAGAUGUGAAGUGCAAGGGGUUGAGCCACAGUGAAAUAUAUUUAAAUACAGGGUAAAGCUUUGGACCACAAUGUUCAUCUAGAAAUUGAAUGUUGCAUUCAAUGCUAUCUCUUGCCAGGUUAACAGCACUGGCAUUAUCUUCAAUAGCCUUGAUGCUCACUCUGUUAAAUCGGGGAAAUCCUUUGUUACUGGGAGUGCUAUCCAUAGAUAUGAAAACUGUUAUAUGGAAAGCACCUAUUGUGAGCCUCAGGCAGAACUCUUAACAACACAGCACCAUGUUUGUACUGUAUUUAGCAUUUUCCUCUAAUAUAGUGGGAAAGAGCUAUUUCUCAGAAGUACAAAUAGUAAGGUACAUGAAGGCUGGCUCAUUGAGUUAGAGUUGUGAGAUGAGUAUUAGAACAGGCACCUUUUGUUAGUUGUAAGAGACCUGAAAAUCACAAAGAUGACUUUGUAUGUACUAAAGCUGUUCCAUAGCUAAUACCCCAUUGAUACUUCUUGCUGUGUCAAGCCAAAAGCAAAAUCAAGCAAGGAACCACAUGACUGGGUUCUUUAAAAAAAACACAGCAUCCUAGUACACACAGAGGGAAAUUUAAUAAAGGGAGAUACUCUAACACAUAAUUAAAUGUCCUGUUGUGGGCAAAGUUGUUUUUGUGUUCCAUUAUCAACUUUAUUAGAGUAUUUCUUCAAAGGACUGGAUCAAAGGAGAAUUAUCACAAAGAAAUUGAUGCAAUGUCAAGACAAUAUUAUAAUUACACUUCUGUAUACUACACAUUGCAGAUUGUAGAUUCUGAUGCUAGUUCCACUACAAAGAUGUGCAUUAUGACAUACAGAAAUCAGUAUUCAUGUGCCUUAGCCCACCAACAUCCCAGUUCUCAUCUCCCUCCACUAAAAGCCACUGAUAGGAUUUCUCUUACUUGAAUAGUUGCAAUCUUGAGUGUGCUGCCUUUCACAUAAGCCAGCAACAGCCCUUGAGAUCCAUCCAUAUCAAAGGAAGGAUGCACACUGUGCCUUUCAUGGUGGGCCUCUGGCUCUAAUAUUGGGAUACUGGGAUUUUGGCUUUAAGAUUCUUUCUGUAAAUGUUAAAAUUUGGAUGUAGUAUUGAUUGGAGACCACGUUUUGCUUAAUCCAAUGGGUAGCCCAUAUGGUUUCAAGGGGCAAUAAAGGUGUGAGCAAACUGUCCUGUAUAUGUUGUAUAUAGAAUAUGUCCUCCUCUAGAAGUAUAAGGGUUUGCAUGUCAUUUGGGUUGGGUUUUGGGGGUGCUUUUUCAGUGUUUUGUGGGGGUGUUUCCCUUUAUGAAUCUUAACUCCAAGGCCCUGAGGCCUUACCUACUUUACAUAGUUUUCUGAAAAUCAGAAUUAGGUGAUGGAUGCACAGAACACAAGAAAGGAAGAGUGGUUUUUUUUUUUGUGGUUGUCCAGCACUUGGCAUCUUACAUUUGAAAAUAUCUCCCACCAGUUCCUGGAUAUAAGAAUUGAAACCCUGUUCUCAAUAUUUGGCCUUCCAGAUGUUUUGCAUUUCAGUUUCACAGAAGCCCCAGCAUGUUUGGGCAGAGCUCAGGCAUUCUGAGAGCUGAAGUAAAAAAAAGGUUUAGAGGAUUAAAUCUUAAAAGACACCGCUCCCUAACUCAAGAAGAAGAAAAAGACCAUUCCUAUGACCCAAUUUGUAGAUAAAAUGGCACUGCAAUAAAAAACCACUAUGAACAAAGGAAGUAAGUACUGUUUGCUUAUAUGAAUGCAGUUCUCUUAGGAAUGAAAUAAACUCUCUUGGAACAGUUCUUUGUUGGAGAAAACUUGGACUAUAAAGCUUUACAGCAAUACCGUUGACUUCAUUUUAUGAGAGGAGAUCAAGCAUAGAAGAAUAGUGGCAUAUGCACAUGUAAGCCUACAUUACACCUGUGUAUGCCUUUUUGGGAAUCAGUCUGGAGGUUGGUAUUCCCUUUCUCCAUCCACAACAGCUAAACCCCCCUCCCAGCAUCUAUUAGAGCAGUGGUUCUCAACCUGUGGGUCCCCAGGUGUUUUGGCCUUCAACUCCCAGAAAUCCUAACGGCUGGUAAACUGGCUGGGAUUUCUUGGAGUUGUAGGCUGAAACACCUGGGGAUCCACAGGUUGAGAACCACUGCAUUAGAGUCAUUGCACAGAGACCUGGAGGGGGAAUGACGCUGUCUUGUAGCUGUUGCAUUGCAACUCCCAGAAUUUCCCAUCAUUGUCUAUGCUGACUAGGGCAACUAGGACCUGUUGUCCAACAAGAAAUGCCACCUCUACAGGAUAAUCAGAUGCAAUGGACAUGGGGAUAGCUAGAUAGAAGACAGUGAUUGAAUGCUUCAGCUUUUCUAAUACUUGCUUAACAAUGCACACCUGCCAAAAUUUUGUCUUCUAUGCAGUUAUGUGUUUUUAAAAUCCUGUCAUUCUUUGCAUCGGUUUGCUUACAUUCAUGUAGAUGGACCUUGUUCUGAAUGUUAACUGUGUAUGACCAACAUACAGGGGACAGUAACAGAACAACCUGUUGCCCAAUUUGGGCAUGCUCAACUUUGUACUUACUUCAGUGCAUGCUGUUGUAUGCUCAACAGGCUCCUUUGUAUUAUUAAAUAUAAAUGCUUUGACCAUUGA